AGUUUGUGUAUCAACACAGACUGCUCCACCACCACGCGCACCUCGUGUUUCUGGAAAAGUUCUCACAUGGCAGCAAGAUGUGGGCGGCUGUAACCAGGUUCUUUGCCGCCGACUGUUUCUGACUCCAUGUGUCCAGAAGGAUAAACGAGGCUUGAUGCUUCGGAGUGGACAGUUCCAGUCUUUAACAAACAUUUCUGUCUGAUUUUGGUGCUGGACUACCAAGGGUAAGCCCUGACCUGUACCCGAGUUUAUCACAGUUGAUUUUAUUCCAAGCGAUCGUCUGCUGCUGCUGCUGCUGAGUGGAUUCAGAAAGUAGGGUAACAUCUUGGUGAUACGGACAUUCAACAACCCUUCGGACUUACUAAUUUAAUAUAUUAAUUUUUUCUUGUAUUCAUCUGUUUGAAGAUCAGAUGACGUGAAGAAUGUUGUUUCUCGUCGUCAUCCUCAUUGCUCUUGUCCAAGGACUUUCCUCCCAAGAAGAUGACAGGUAUCCCACCUUUGUCGUGACUGCGCCUCGAAACGCGCGCUACGACGCGAAAGCUACCUUUGCCAUCAGCGCCUCCAACGUGGGUCAGCUGGAAAGAGUGCAUCUCACCCUCAAUGCCUCCACCACCAUCCUGCACUCCAAGACGCUGAUGUUUACGUCAGUUGUAAUGCAUGAUUCUGUUUUCUGUCGUGAUGCUGUUGAACCACUCGCUCUGCUCGAUGCUCUCAUCGAUGACAUGCUUCCUGCAGAUGGCGUGAAGACGUGGACGGUGGAGGUUUCGUGGGCGCGGAUGAUGGAGCUGUCGGAAAGACGACUCCAUCUGGAAGCUCGCUACCGGGCGGUCUCUAGGUCCAUGGAUGUGGACAUGGACUUGAAAUCCGGUUACAUCAUGAUACAGACAGACAAACCUAUCUACACGCCCAGGCAAACAGUGAAGUACAGAAUCAUAGCUUUGGAUGACAACCAACAGUUUUCUAACUGGCCAGUGACAGUAAAAGUUCAGAACCAAGACCACAUCAUCCUUGACCAGCGCCAGUUUAGCGCACGCGAUGCUUUCAUUGGAAAGAACUUCACUCUACCCAGCGACGCCAUCCCGGGUACCUGGAGAAUUAUAGCUUCCUUCGGCAAUCAAAUUCUUACAAGGGAUGAAGUUGAAUUCAAAGUGGAAGAAUAUGUUUUGCCAACUUUCAAGGUGGAGGUUAGCGUGGACAACAAGGUCAUCGCACCCCGCACCUACUGGAUGAAACUCCGGGUGGCUGCUAAACACUCAUACCAGAGGGCGGUGCAGGGAUCCUAUGAGAUCAAACUGGGAGUUCUGCGCACUCAUGACAUCGUCUACUUCCCUGGAGUUCUCACUGGUCGGCUGGAUGCCAGUGGCCAGAAGGAGAUCAACGUCCCUCUGGCUGACAAACAGAACGCCAGCAUCUGGUUCCCUAACGGCUAUCGGCUGUGGGUCAAGGCCACGGUUACAGAGGACGGAACUGGUGAGAACUUCACAGCUGUGGACAUGGGAACUGUCUUCGCCAAUCCCUUCUACAAAAUCAGCUUCAACAACUCAAAAAAUGUGUUCAGACCGGGGUUUCCCUAUUUGCUAGUGGCGGACGUGACUGCAGCCAACGGGUCGCCAGCGACACAGGUGGCAGUGUAUGCUAGCAUCGAGGUCAAGGGAGACAACGGAGAGUAUCUUUCAGUGUACUCUAAGCACGCUCCCCUGGACUCUAGAGGACGUUUCACGGAACGUAUUGAAGUACCACAAAGAGCAAAAGCAAUAAAAGUUGAGAUAAGUACACUUGACCCAAGAGUGCUGGACUACGCUAUGGCGACUUUCGAAGUGUUGAAGUUCGCUUCCCAGAGCGGCCAGUACCUCAACCUUCGUAAAGAGAAUGACGAUAUUAUCAUUAGCUUCACUCCCAUGGAGCAGGGGGAGGUCACAGACAUGAUUACAGUUUUGAUGUUCUCCCGCGGUCAGCUUAUUUACAACACCUCACUGCCUCGCACGACCUCCGGCAGCCAGACGCUGCACCUGACCCCACAGCUCCUCCGUAAAGCCGCGCCGUCGGCCCGUGUGUUGGCCUACUACUACUACGACGACUUCUAUGGUCCCGACCCCGUGUCCGACUCACUGAUGUUCCAGUCGAGUAAAUCCUGCUGGGAAGAUAUUUCCCUCAGCCUACCUUUCAUGGGUUUCGGGGUCCAGAUCCCAAAACAGCCAAAGGACAACACCGAGUUCCACAUCAACGGCGGCCCCAACAUGCGGGUGGGGCUGUUGGCCGUGGACACAGCUGUGUAUUACCUGAGUGACCGGCGCACCCUGUCGAGGGAAAGGGUGAUCUCAAAGCUUGAGGAACGAGACAUGGGACAUGGCGUCGGAGAUGGAGCCAACUGGAUACAGGUUUUUGAGUUUUCAGGAGUAAAGAACCUAAUUCUGACAGAAAGAUCAUAUUUGGUACGGCCUGUGCCCUCUGGGACGCGAGUACUAAGAAACGGAGCUCCUGGUAUUGGCAGUUCCUCGGAGUCGAGAAAUCCACCGGAGGAAACCGUUCCGCUGGAAAAAGUGCGAAAAUAUUUUCCGGAAUCCUGGUUGUUCACGGAGCUGACUUUACCCAGCUCAGGGGCGGCUGUCCAGAGCAUCCAAAUGCCUGAUUCCAUAACCACGUGGGCGUUCACGGCUGUGGGCGUGGGGCAGCAUGGUGGGGUGUGCAUGUCCACCCCGUUGCACAUGGAGGUCUUCAAGCCGUUCUUCGCCCAGGUUCGCCUUCCUUACAAGGCCGUGCGCCUGGAGGAGGUGGUGGUCCACAUCGGCAUCUACAACUACAAGACCUUCGCGAUAAACGUCACUGUCACCGUUCGAGGCGACAAGAGUUUGUGUUUCACAGAAGGAGAAGGGGGAAGCACUGUCUUUACCUACGAAGCGGAACUCCAACCGAAGCAGAUACACGGCGAAACCAUGAGAAUGAUCCCCCUUGAAGCCGGCACGUCCCGUCUGACUGUUGACUUAAUGUCCCGUAACGGAAAGGAGCGGGACAUCGUCGAGAAGACUCUGUUCGUCUCGGCCGAGGGUCGGCGGGUGCGAAAGUCCAUCACUUUUCCCUUAGAUCCUUCCGGCAAGCACUCGGUGCACCACUCCCCCAACAACACGGGCACCAUUCAGAGGACGUCUACUGCUACAGUCAGAAGUGAAAUCUUCACGACAACCAAAAAGCAGAUGACUUUCAUCGACCUGUAUAUGCCACAGGAGAUUGUCCAUGGAUCUGAAAAAUGCCAGAUAUCGGCCUGUGGUGACCUGAUGGGCGAUGUCAUCAGCCACGCUGUCCUGGAAGGCAAUGACCUGUUCGAGAACAACAUGCUGGAUGCCGAGGAGGCUGUCGGGAACCUGGCGCCCACUGUGCAGGCCUUGCUGUACCUGCAGCGCGCCACCCUCCUGUCUGACGUCAUACGGCGGAAAGGAAAGGACCACGUGACGUGUGGCUCAACUCCUGGCUACCGAAAGACAGACGGAAGCUUCGGGCUAACUAAAGAAUCCCCACCGGCAACUUGGCUGACGGCCUUAGUGCUGAAGACCCUCUGCCACGCGGAGGAAUUCACCUUCAUCGACCACCACCUCAUCGACAGGGGCUUUGAGUGGCUCCAGCAACAGGUCAACUCCAACGGCAGCCUUCAGGAGAGGGACCGGCGACUGGCGCGGGCCUCUCUAGAGUACGACAUCAUGCUGUCGGCUGAAGUGGCCAUUGCGAUGUUGGAAUGUGGGCGACCACGGAAUGUGAGUAGUGCUGUUAACGAUGUGAUUGGUUAUCUAAACCUAUUUCCUGCUGAUCACUUACCUACAGGAGAUGUUGGAGCAAAACAUUGCAGAUAUCAGCACCCCCUCGUCAUGGCCAAGACCGCCUACGCGUUCAUUUUAUGGGAUCCGUCAGGGGAGACAACUCAGGAAGCGAUCUCUCGGCUGCAUCGGUUAUCUCGCACGACAAGAGACGGCCUGCAGUACUGGGCUGUCAUCACCGAUGACCAGCAGCCACAAAGGCCGUUCUGGUAUCACAGUGGCUCCAAGGCCUCCUCCAUCGAGGCCACAGCUUACAGCCUCCUCGUCUUCUCCAAGCUGGCAGAGGAGCGGAGGCAGGCAGAGAACGACCAGACAGACAUGUUUGAGGACAGCUUCUUCAGGACGACCCUUGACCUGGACGCCAUCGCUGGCUGGCUGAUCCGCAAAAGGAACAGUCGCGGCGCCUUUAUUGGAGCUCUGGACACUGCUGUCGCAAUCCAGGCCCUGUCUAACUACAGUCUGGCCAAACAAGGCUAUCAAGAGGUCAACCUUCAGUGUCAAAUAACAACUCCACAUCAGAACUACACCCGGUCCUUCGCCUUCACAGACCAGAACGCCAUCUUGCCCAAGUCUUUGUCGAACGUGCCCGUAGGAAAGACCCUGCAGGUGACUACCCGGGGUACCGGCUUGGGGCAGAUGCAGGUGCACCUUGAGUACAACGUCCCUGUGGAGGCCAACGCGGAGUGCUUGUACAACCUGACAGUGACACGUCACCCUGCUAGGAUCUACCCGACUUCAGACACAUGGAGUGCAGUGUGUGACUACUGUGGUAUGGACUGCGACACGGCAGAGAGAAGGCCCCCACGCACCCGGCGGUCUAUUCCAGUGAGUCGGGUGUCCAUCUGUCUGCAGGUGUGUCUCAGGUACCGUAGACGGCCAGGCUCGGACCGGACCAUCCUGGACAUAGAAAUGCUGAGUGGAUUCGAACCCUAUAAGGACGAUUUAGAGGAUAUUAUCAACAGGAGGGAAAGGCUGGAUCUCAGGCAACUUGUCUUUCACGAAGCAACCUCUACAGUGUCGAUUACCUUUGACCAGAUACAGCACAACCGAAGCACCUGUGUGUCCUUCCGCGCCAGAGAUAUGUUCACUGUGUACAGGCGCAACCCCGCAAAGGUCACAAUCAGAGCCCAUGAUGAACCAGCACCUACCUGUGUCCAACAAUAUGACCCCGUCAGCUCCGAAGUCAAUCUAGCUGUCUACUGCUCCAGCAGCCAAACGAGCAACCAGGGCCCGUGCCGCUGCUUCUCAGGCAAAUGUCCGUCGUGUCAUGUUCACGAUCUGACGACCCACAACGUCAACCUUCUCACAGACAUUGUGUGUCAAACCCGUUAUGCUUACAAGAUUUCCCACAGCUCUGUGGCGGAUUUUCGAGGAUGGGUGGAUAUGAAUGCAACUGUCCAUGAAAGCAUCAGACAGAGUGGCAACGACACGGAGACCAGCCUCCAUUUAGUGUCGCCGACCUACUGCGCAUGUCCGAAAUACAACUUCAAUCUGGGAGACUCGCAUUACUUUUUUGGCUCUGAGGAUGCCUCGGUGUUUGUGGACAGAGACAACCAGAAGAAGUAA